GAGGCAGAGGCUGCCUGCAGAUCAAGUGGCUGCUGCCAACUCUCGCGAGCUCCAUGUCAGAAAGAGUUGAUUAUAAUGUCAGCACUGGCCAAUUUACAGGCUUAAAGCAGCAGCUGCACCGCUGCAUCUCCCCCGAGGGAUCCCAAGAGCCUGACUCUUAAAAACUUCUGGUUUCUUGGAACAGAAGUGGGGCAUCAUGAUCUGGGCAAAUUAUUUAAGUCUCUCCACCUUGUUCCUGAUGGGGUUUCUCCUGCUGUCCAUGUUCGCCAGGAAGGUGGUGCCUGAGGACAUCAUUGAAACCAAGAAGGGCAAAGUCAGAGGGACCAGCCUGCAGGUGCUGGGGGGGACAGUCACAGCCUUCCUGGGAAUCCCUUAUGCACAGCCCCCCGUUGGGAGGCUGCGGUUCCAAAAGCCAGAACCUCGGGAGGAAUGGGCGGAUGUUUGGGAUGCCACCAAACACGCAAACUCCUGUUACCAGCACGUAGACACAACGUACCCGGGCUUUGCUGGGUCGGAGAUGUGGAACCCAAAAACCAACCUGAGUGAGGACUGCUUGUACCUGAAUGUGUGGAUUCCUUCUCCCAAGCCCAAGAACGCCACUGUCAUGGUGUGGAUUUAUGGUGGUGGCUUCGAGUCUGGGUCCACUUCCCUGCCUGUCUACGAUGGGAAGUUUCUGGCCAGGGUGGAAAGAGUGGUUGUGGUUUCCAUGAACUACAGGGUUGGUGCAUUGGGAUUUCUGUCCUUGCCAGGAAACCAGAAAGCUCCUGGAAAUGCAGGUUUAUUUGAUCAAAGGUUGGCACUUCAGUGGGUCCAGGAGAACAUAGCAGCCUUUGGAGGCAAUCCCAAAAGCGUGACUCUGUUUGGAGAGAGCGCUGGCUCGGCCUCUGUCGCCUAUCACCUCCUUUCUCCUGGAAGCCACCCUUUAUUCACCAGGGCCAUCCUGCAGAGCGGGUCUCCCAAUGCCCCCUGGGCUGCAAUUACCUCUUCUGAGGCCAGGAACAGAGCAGUGGCUUUGGCCAAACAGCUCCAGUGUCCCACCAGCAACGAGUCAGAGCUCAUUGUCUGCCUCCAAGGCAAGGACCCAAAGGAAAUACUGGAAAAUGAAAUUUUUGCUGUUCCAUAUGCUUCUCUUUUACAAAUACAUUUCUGUCCGAGCGUGGAUGGGGAUUUUCUGGAGGACAUGCCAGAAGUAUUGAUGGAGAAAGGUCUUUUCAAACAGACCCAGGUCUUGGUGGGCGUCAAUAAAGAUGAAGGGUUGUCAUUUCUGGCAUAUGGAGUCCCUGGCCUCGACAAGGACAGCGAUGGCUUGAUCAAUAAAACCCAGUUUGAAGCAGCUUUAGCUCUGGCCUUCCCAGGAGUGAGCAAACUGGCGAUAGAAUCCAUCAUCUUCCAGUACACGGACUGGGAGAACGUGGCAAAGCCGGAGCACUACCGGGAUGCCAUCGAUGACGCUGUCGGCGACUACAACAUCAUCUGUCCCGCGCUGGAGUUCAGCACCAGCUUCGCCCGCCUGGGCCACCACGUGUUCUUUUAUUUCUUUGAGCAUCGCUCCUCCAAGCUGCCCUGGCCCGAGUGGAUGGGGGUCAUGCACGGCUACGAGAUCGAGUUUGUGUUCGGGCUGCCCCUGGAGAGGAGGGUGAAUUACACCAAGGCUGAGGAGCUCCUGAGCCGCUCCAUGAUGAGAUACUGGGCGACUUUCGCCAAAACUGGAGCUCCAAAUGGGACCCUGACUAAUGGAAUAAGAUGGCCAAUCUUCACUAGUACUGAACAAAAAUAUUUGACCCUGAACACCAACACUUCUGUGGUACUGACAAAACUACAAGCUCAGCAGUGUCGAUUCUGGAAACACUUUUUCCCCAAAGUCGUGGAAAUGACAGGAAAUAUUGAUGAAGCAGAACGAGAGUGGAAAGCAGGAUUCCAUCGCUGGAACAAUUACAUGUCAGACUGGAAAAAUCAAUUUAAUGAUUACACCAGCAAGAAGGAGCUGUGCAGUCUCUAAUUAAUAUGUUUACUCUUUCCAGUUUGUCCCUAGAACUGUUCAUCAGGCAAAUGUCCAGGUAGCUUCCCAACAUGUUGAGCACUAAAUAUGUUAUACAGAUUAAAAGGAAAUAUUACAGACACAA